AUGGCAGAGACAACAACAGCGUGUCAUGAAAAGGUCGAGGCUGCCGUCAGAAACUUUCGUAAAAAAUUGCGAGGGCGCCAUACCCACUUGCCGUCUGGGGAAGCUGUAGCCGAAUUGAAGAAACAUUUUACUCCGUCGACUAAGGAGGACAUACAUCACGAGGAGGAUGCCCUAGAUGAUGGAGACGAUUGUGAGAAGGCCGCUCAAAUUUCCCAGAAGGAGCUUAGGCGUGUUUUUGAUCGUUUCGACAAGUAUCUGGAAGGCAUUAUGAGCCGGACGGUAUCGCAGGCAAACGAGCAGGAAAACGAGAUUUCCUUCCUCAAGUUUCUACUGGGUGCAACUCUCAGCGUCUUGAGAGCUGAGUAUAGAAAACAAUACGGAGUAAACCGACAUGAAAGACACAACCCUCUCCUUAAAAACCCCUACAAUGAUCUUCUUUCUACAAUCCGGAGGGAUCUAAGACACUUUUUCGCAAACACCGGCUCUUCUGCUCUAUUAGCCCAAGACUCCCAGGUUGAUCAAGUCAUUGACGCGUUCGAGUUCGGGUGUCGGCUUCUCGAAAGCCAAAGAGGGCCACCUAGAAACAUUGCCAACUUAAUUCCCUUCAACAACAGGACCUUUCUCAGCCUACUACGGAAUCACCGCUAUCAAGGAGCAGAAGAGUAUAUCACGAAGGAGCUCACGCGCGAGCUCAUGGAAAGGUCAGAUCAGGCAAAUUCGCAACGGCUUUCAAAGGAUUCGGAGAGCAUCUCUCCGGUCAAUAUGGUAGCAGCCAAUCUGAAUUAUCGCUUGAAGUACGUCAUGUAG